AUGAGAUUAUUACUAGUGCUUUUUUUAGUUCCCUACGUACUUUGCGACGAGUCCAACCAUACGAUACCGGAGCAGUUCUUGCAAGAUGUCUUCGGUAAUCCAGCUAGCACUGUUGAGAAUGCUCUUCCCCCACAGUCAUAUUUACAAAUGGAUCUACAGAAAACUGAAGAUGUGAUAAUUAAUAGGCAACCAAUCGUUGUGAAUGAUAAGUUCGACUGGACCUUAACUAAGAGAGUUGCUGUGAUGUCAAAUGAGAAUUUCCUGAUCUCACCAUUGGGUUUGAAACUGGCGCUGGCGAUCUUAAUGGAAGCUUCGUCGGGGGCAACUAAAUCCGAGAUAUCUAGUGUUCUCGGCUUAGACAUAGACUAUCACAAAGUGAGGGAUAGUUUCGCUGAACUCCUGACUUCUCUGCAGACUAAGUCCUCAGAUUACAUUCUGGAUAUAGGUAGCCGCAUCUACGUGGGUUCAUCGAUAAAGCCUCCUCAGCAUUUCGCAGCAGUCGCUCAGCGGUUCUACAAGACUGAAAUAACAAGUUUGGACUUCAAUAAGCCUGAAUUAGCAGCUGGAAGUAUUAAUAAAUGGGUGGCAAAUAUAACGCAGGGGAGGAUCACGAAUUUAGUCGCUCCAGGUGACGUCGAAGGCGUGGCCGCGUUGGUCCUCAAUACCCUCUUCUUCAAGGGCACAUGGCAACAUCAGUUCGACCCCAACGAGACGAGACACAACGACUUCUAUCUUAAAGCAAAUGCGACAAAAGAAAUUCCCUUUAUGACCAUUAAACACAAGUUCUUCUACACGGAUUCUGUCAAGUAUAACGCUAAAAUUUUGAGGAUGCCGUACAAGAGUGGAAAAUUUGCAAUGUAUGUCGUCGUGCCGAAUUCCUUGACUGGUCUUCCGCAAAUAUUUGACGACGUCAUCGGUCUCCGAGUGGAACUCCUUAAAAUGACGGAACAUCUGGUCAAUGUUAAAAUACCCAAGUUCCAGUUUGAGUAUACUUCGGUACUUGACGGUAUAUUAAAAGAGUUGGGCAUUCGGCAAGCAUUUGAAGAUACCGCGUCCUUCCCUGGUAUCUCUCGCGGUCAAACAAGUGCAAGUAAGAUGAAGAUCUCGAAAGUUCUCCAAAGAUCUGGUAUUGAGAAUAAUGAGAUUGGCAGCGUGGCUUACUCAGCGACAGAAAUUACACUGGAAAACAAAUUUGGAGGAGAGGAACCAACUGCAACGCUAACAGCUAAUAAACCGUUCAUGUUCUUCAUCAGAGAUGAGACGUCACAGCAGUUGCUGUUUACUGGACGAGUGUCAGAUCCGUCACUCUUCGAUGGAGCUUUUAAACUACCGUAG